AUGACGGGGGAAUACGAUGACAAAUCCUCAAACAGCAUGCAGUCGAGCCAACGCCAUCAUUUUUAUAGUUCUCGUUUUCAGCUGCUUCUUGUUCUCGUCUCAGUCGCUGCAUUUUUCGUUACACGAGCGAUUCGCGAUCGACGACGAAAUCAUGGCGAAUAUCGUCCGCAGUUUGAAGAAUUACACCACGCCAAAGAUUUACCUUACCUACAACCACCAGCCGUAGAAGGCCUCAUUUAG